GGGUAGAGAAGUAAGAAAUGAAUAAUUCAAUAAUGGAUGCAUUGCCACUUAAUUUGCUUGUUUUGAUACAAAUUCUCAAACUCCUGUGAGUGCAUAUGUGAUGGCGCAAAAGGGAAGAGCCUCGGGUUCCUUGGCUGACAAAGCUGCAGUUCCCAAUCUGUGGGCACUAGAACAACACAAGGAAAAAUAUAAAAAAGCAGAUUCAGAGAAUAGAGAUGAACAAUUUUGUGAUUCAUCAGAACAAAAAAAAGUUGUUCAUAUAAACAAAAAAAAAAAUGUGGAGCUGGGUUCUGUUCUGGGUUCCGUCGAACCCAGAUCUGCUGGGUUCAAUGACCCGAGGAAGAAAGAAGAAGAAGAAAGAAGAGGAAGGAAAAAAAAGAAAAAGAGAAAGGAAGAAGAUGACCGUUACAGGGGUAAUUAUUAUUACUAUUAAUAUUAAUAAAAUUAUAAAAAUUUUAAUUUUUU